AUGGCCUCCAAGGCCAAAAAAGUGAUUGCUGCCCCCUCCACAGACAUUCAAUCAUUCACCGAAUACUUGAAAGGCUGUCGCCGAAUCCUCGCUCUGCUGGGAGCUGGCAUUUCUGCGGCUUCUGGUCUACCAACAUUUCGCGGUGCUGGAGGGUUAUGGCGCCAGUAUGAUGCCACCUCUCUAGCGACGCCCGAGGCUUUCGAAGAUCAUCCAGGGCUGGUGUGGCAAUUCUACAGUUAUCGAAGGCAUAUGGCUCUGCAGGCCCAACCAAACAAAGCUCAUUACGCGCUGGCAGAGCUAGCCCGAAGGAACAAGGACUUUAUCACUUUAUCUCAAAAUGUCGAUGGCCUCUCACAACGGGCGCAGCAUCCCCCCGAGCAAUUAAAUCUGCUUCACGGGUCUCUAUACGACAUCAAAUGCACCUCAUUUUACUGCAACUACACUCGCCAAAAUGAUUUUACAGACCCUAUUGUCCCUGCCUUGGAUAUACCCAAGCAAUCAUCAUCCCCGUCUCCAUCAGAAACAGACAAGACGGGGGAAGAAGCAUCCAAAUCGCUUCAUAAGGCCCUAGAAGAGACAAUCAAAGCCAAAGAAGUCGACAUCUCCGACGCAAGCAAUCCAAUUCCCGAGUUGAGUCCAGCAGACCUACCGCAGUGCCCUGAGUGCAAGGGUCUUUUGCGGCCAGGUGUGGUUUGGUUUGGGGAGCCCCUCCCAACCGAUACCAUCCAGAAUGUUGACAAUUGGAUCGAAUCGGCUCCUGUUGACCUGAUCUUGGUGAUUGGCACGAGUUCGAGCGUGUAUCCGGCAGCGUUGUAUGUUGAUGUGGCCCGGAACCGUGGCGCGAAAGUCGUGGUGGUUAAUAUGGAGAAAGAUAUGCCUAAUCGUGGGCAAGGGACGUGUGACUGGUUCUUCCAGGGUGAUGCGAGUAUUAUUGUACCGGAGAUCCUGAAGAGCGUUAUUGGAGAGGUUUGA